CACAAAUUAAAUGUAAGCACUAUUUCUGACCACAGACACAAAUAUACUUGAAAUGUAAAGGGACAGACAUACACUUGUUUUUCCCUCUCGACAAGUGCUCACAAAAUUCUUUCCCAGUUUCCCUUUUCUUAUAUUUAGGAGACGUUUCUUAUUUCAUUUCAUUUUGUUAUUCCUUAUUUUCGAAUUUUAAUAAUUCGGUGACUCAAUUGCUUUUUCCAUUUUGCUUUUUCUCGCCCAGUAAAAGAUAAACGUGAGUCUCUUUUGCAAACGAUAGCUUUAUAGGCACGAGGGAUCAACGUUGGCGGCAAUGGCUUCGCCGGAGGAAUUUUCCGACGUGAAUCCGGUUGCAUCGCCGCCUAGCGACAAUCCCAAGGCUUUCGCAAAGGCUGAAUAUCCUGAUGCGAGUAAGAGCCUAGGUCAAACUCUUGAUAGAGAUAUUGCUCUUGCGAAGCUAGAACAUGACAAGAAGCUGUCAUUUAUCAAAGCUUGGGAGGAUCGUGAAAAAGCCAAAGUGGAAAACAAGGCAGAAAAGAAACACUUUAAAGUGACAUCAUGGGAAAACAGCAAGAAAGCAUCUCUAGAAGCCCAGCUAAGGAAAAUUGAGGAGCAACUGGAGAGGAAAAAAGCAGAAUAUGCUGAGAAAAUGAAGAACAAGGAAGCACUCAUUCACAAGCAAGCAGAAGAGAAGAGAGCCAUUGUUGAGGCCAAGAAAGGAGAAUGGCUUCUCAAAACCGAGCAGAUGGCCGACAAAUAUCGCUCGACUGGACACAUUCCCAAGUCCGGUUUGAGAUUCUUUAGGGACUGAGUUGGAGUACUGAUUGAUGUAUAAUAUGACUAGCCAAUGUUCUGGUUUACUUCAAUCAUAAACUACACACAAUUUUCAUCAAUCCAAGAAAUAGACAUAGUUUUUUUCUUUU